AUGCUGUCAAGACAUGGGAAAUGGAGCUCUCUCACAAGACUCGCUUGCUCGAGUUACGAAACGUCUCACGACGCGUUUCGAUCGGCCUUCCCACGAGGGUUUGCGUGGGAGGUCAUCAGUGUUUACUCUGGCCCUCCUGUGAUUACCUACAAGUUCAGGCACUGGGGCUUCUCUGAGGGACCUUUCAGAGGCCAUGCUCCCACAGGGGAGAUGGUGCAGUUCUUCGGCAUUAGUGUCAUGAGGGUUGAUGAAUCGAUGAGGGCAGAAGAUGUGGAGAUCUACUUUGACCCAGCAGAGUUGUUUGGAGGCCUACUCAAAGGUGCUGCUACUGAUCAAUCUGAUUCCCAAGUUGAUCAGUCACUAGAUGAGAAUUGUGAGCAGAAGAAGUCCCAUGGAGUUUCUUCAACCUCUGGCCAUCUUUCGUGUCCCUUCUCCAACCAAGCAAGAACACAACUCUGA